GAGACCAUGAGAUGCCUUAUAUACCAAAUCUUCCUUCCCCUUUCAUCCAUCCCUCUUCUUCCUAUCCCCAAUUCCCAGUCUCUCGCAGCUUCUCCUCUUCGUCUAUCCGGUUUGAAAUCUCAGGCCGGGUCCAGUUGGGUCGGGUCGAGGGGAAUGGCGAAGAAAGUAGAUAGCGUUCAACAUGGCCCGGAUUGUAUCUCGUACCUGAGGCAGCAAGAAGCUGCGGAAAUCGAUGAAUUGCUCAUGGGUCCUUUUGGCUUCAGUGUUGAUCAGCUUAUGGAAUUGGCUGGUCUUAGUGUUGCCAAUGCAGUUGCGGAGGUCUAUAAACCCAGUGAAUACAGUAGAGUCCUUGCUAUUUGUGGUCCAGGGAAUAAUGGUGGUGAUGGCCUUGUAGCGGCUCGCCAUCUUCAUCACUUUGGUUACAAGCCAAUUAUAUGUUACCCUAAGCGCACUGCCAAGGCUCUUUAUAGUGGUUUAGUGACUCAGCUUGAGACGCUCUCAAUUUCUUUCUUGUCUGUGGAAGAUCUUCCAAAGGACUUAUCACAGAACUUUGAUAUUAUUCUAGAUGCUAUGUUUGGAUUCUCCUUCCAUGGUGUCCCUAGAGCACCUUUUGACGACCUAAUUCGGAGGCUUGUAGCAUUACAAAGUAAUGAGCCAAGUCAUAAGAAGUCACCAGCUAUUGUGUCUAUUGAUAUUCCAUCUGGAUGGCAUGUUGAACAAGGAGAUCUUAGUAAUGAAGGCAUUAAACCCGACAUGCUUGUUUCUUUAACUGCUCCUAAGUUGUGCGCCAAAAACUACUGUGGCCCACACCACUUUCUUGGUGGAAGAUUUGUUCCACCAUCAGUUAUUGACAAAUUUAAACUCCUUUUGCCCUCAUAUCCUGGAACAUCAUUGUGCCUUCGUAUUGGAAAGCCCCCAAAAAUGGACAUAUCAUCUCUAAGGGAGGAUUACAUAUCCCCUGAGCUGCUUGAGGAGAAUGUUGAGGUAGACCCUUUUGAUCAGUUCGAAAAGUGGUUUGAUGAUGCGUUGGCAGCUGGACUGAAGGAACCAAAUGCUAUGGCAUUGUCCACAACUGGAAAAGACGGAAAACCUUCUUCAAGAAUCGUAUUGCUAAAGGGAGUUGGCAAAAAUGGAUUUGUGUGGUAUACCAAUUAUGAAAGUCGCAAAGCUCGGGAAAUUUACGAAAACCCUCACGCUGCCCUGCUUUUUUACUGGGAUGGUUUAAACCGCCAGGUAAGAAUAGUAGGAUCUGUACAAAAAGUAUCUGAUGAGGAAUCUGAAGAAUACUUCCAUAGCCGUCCACGGGGAAGUCAGAUUGCAGCCGUAGCUAGCAAUCAGAGCACAGUAAUUCCAGGACGCGAUGUUCUUUACCAAGCGUACAGAGAAUUGGAAAUGAAGUACUCUGAAAGAACGGUGAUCAUUCCUAAACCAACGAACUGGGGAGGGUACCGACUCAACCCUAAAUCGUUUGAAUUUUGGCAAGGACAACAAUCUCGUUUGCAUGAUAGGUUGCGUUAUUCUCUAGAAGACAUGGGUGGAAAGCGAGGUUGGAAAAUUGAGCGUCUGGCACCCUGACUGAUGAUGCUAUCUAGUUUCUCCACUAUGAUCGCAUUGUAUCUCAUCCCUCGCUCCCAACUUUCCUAUGCUGCCCAAACUUUGGUUUAUGUUGCCCAAAAUUUGGUUGCACAAAUUGCAUAAACAAAACAAAUAACAGGGAUCUAAUAUCCCAACACAGUUAUUUGUUUUGUUUAUGCGAUGUGUUGUGGUUUUUAAAUAAAAUGUUUCUGAACUGAUGUCCCUUUAGCUACACUAUCAUCCAACAAAUAAAAUGUCUCCUAAUUUCAGCAUGAAAUUGCGCUAUUCAAUAAUAAGAUCUUAAUUUUAGAAUUAGGUCUACAUAAGAAAUGAGCCUAAAACCCC